GAGCACCACACUGUUGCUGCUGCUGUGUACUGCACUAAGCAAAUGUAGUCAUUGAGAAGAAUGUGAGAGCUCCCUCGCAUCGAGGGCACAGCCCACUCUUUCGUCAGAUUUCUACGCUCAGCCCACCUUCAAAGUAAAGGAAAAGCUGCAACCCAUUCUUCUUAACAGAGCCUACAAGAAUCAAAAUUUAUCUUCUGUGAAGAAGCUUUUGAGCCUUGAAUGGAACAUGUAGGGAAAGAAAGUAGUUUUGGCUAAUAAGAGAGCAACCUGAGGAGAAAUCAGGACCUUGACCUUAAGAUUCCUAAAAAGGACCUGAUACUUGGAAUGAGAAUAUUGCUAUCAUGAGUCAACAAGGUUAUGUUGCAGCUCCUCCGUAUUCCCAAUCCCAGCCAGGAAUAGGAGGGUUUUCUGCAGGCUUUGGACCACCUAAUUCUUCACCUCAUUAUGGGCAUUAUGGGGACUCCUCAUUCUCAGCACCUCAGCCAGGUGUGUCGAAGUCAACCGUGCCCUUUGGAUCUUCGGCUCCUGUUGGGCCUCCACCACCUGGUACACAUCAGUUCAGCCAGACCAGCUUCCAAAAUGGGCCCAGUACAUCCAGGCAACAGCCACAUAGGUUUCAAGGCCCUCCACCUCCAAGCAAUACGGGACCUUCCUAUCCUCCCUACAGUCAUCAAUUGCAACCAGCCUACCCAAAUACUGCAUCAACUGCACCUGCAGCACAACUUGCUAACCAGCUGAACAGCAUGCAGAUAAAUAGCUACGUUUCUUGUUCAGGUCCUGGUACUACUCCAAGCCCUCGUAUGUCUUCUGGGCAUCCGGCAUCUUUUCAGGGUCCACAGUCACCACCACCAACCCAGCAGCAAAUGGCUUUACCACCUGGAUCACAGAUUCCUCCACCGGGGAAUAAUAUUAAUGGCCCUUGUGCUCAGCCAUCGUUACCUCCUAUGGCCAGACAAGAUGGCACCCCUGGACCUGUGCCCCCAAAUCCUAACUUGCAGCAGCUUUCAGGACAGCCUCCAGGGCCUGGGUAUCAUCCUCAGCAAGCAAACUAUGGUCCUCAGAUGGCAGGAUCUCAGCUGUCUUAUCCUGGUGCUUUUCCUGGGGGUCCAGCACAGCUGUCAGGUCCGCAGCAGAAGAAGCUUGAUCCUGACUCUAUUCCAAGCCCAAUUCAAGUUAUUGAAAACGAUAAGGCUUCUAGAGGAGGGCAGGUCUAUGCUACGAACACAAGAGGACAGGUUCCUCCUCUUGUUACCACAGACUGUGUAAUCCAAGACCAAGGCCAUGCCAGCCCUCGUUAUAUCCGAUGUACUACCUACUGCUUCCCAUCGUCUUCAGAUAUGGCCAAACAGGCUCGUGUUCCGCUGGCAGCUGUCAUCCAGCCUUUUGCUACUGUUCUGCCAAAUGAGACACCUCUUUAUGUUGUAAACCAUGGUGAGACUGGACCAAUCCGAUGCAACCGGUGCAAAGCCUACAUGUGUCCCUUCAUGCAGUUUAUUGAAGGUGGAAGAAGAUACCAAUGUGGAUUUUGCAGUUGUAUAAACGAUGUCCCUCCAUUCUUCUUUCAACACCUGGACCACAUUGGCCGACGGAUAGACCACUAUGAAAGGCCUGAGCUAUCUCUGGGAUCUUAUGAAUAUGUUGCUACUUUGGAUUAUUGCCGAAACAACAAGCCUCCAAAGCCACCAGCUUAUAUCUUCAUGAUAGAUGUAUCGUACAGAAACAUAAACAGUGGCCUCGUCAAACUGAUAUGUGAUGAGCUGAAGACUCUGCUAGAUAAGCUUCCAAGAGAAGAGCAAGAAGAAGCCUCAGCAAUUCGAGUUGGUUUCGUCACUUAUAACAAGGUCCUCCACUUCUUUAAUGUGAAAAGCAGCUUAGCUCAGCCUCAGAUGAUGGUGGUCUCAGAUGUUGGAGAAGUGUUUGUUCCUUUGCUGGAUGGCUUCCUUGUUAACUUUCAGGAAUCACGAUCCAUUAUUAACAACUUGUUGGACCAGAUUCCAGAGAUGUUUGCAGAGACUAACGAGAGUGAGACCAUCUUCGCUCCUGUUAUCCAAGCUGGCAUGGAGGCACUAAAGGCUGCAGAAUGUGCUGGAAAAUUGUUUAUCUUCCAUUCUUCAUUGCCUACUGCAGAAGCACCAGGGAAGCUGAGAAACAGGGAUGACAAAAAACUACUCAAUACAGAUAAGGAAAAGACGCUCUUCCAGCCCCAGGUAAAUUUCUACGAGGCCUUAGCCAGGGACUGUGUGGCUAAUGGCUGCUGCGUGGAUUUGUUCCUCUUCCCAAAUCAGUACGUGGAUGUGGCCUCCAUGGGUCUCGUCACCAUGUACACUGGAGGAACGUUGUACAAGUACAACAAUUUCCAGGUCGAUGCUGACAGCCCUCAGUUCCUAAGUGACCUCAGGAGAGACAUAGAAAAGAAGACCGGAUUUGAUGCAAUAAUGAGGGUUCGGACAAGUACAGGCUUCAGGGCUACGGACUUCUUUGGUGCCAUUUACAUGAACAACACCACAGAUGUGGAGAUGGCAGCGAUUGACUGUGACAAGGCAGUGACAGUGGAGUUCAAACAUGAUGACAAACUGAGUGAAGACAAUGGAGCCUUAAUUCAGUGCGCUGUCCUUUACACAUCAAUAAGCGGGCAAAGACGACUUCGGGUACACAAUAUAGGUUUGAAUUGUAGCUCCCAGUUGGCUGACAUCUACAAGAGCUGUGAGACUGAUGCACUGAUCAACUUCUUUGCUAAGUCAGCAUUUAAAGCCAUUCUAAGCCAACCACUGAAGGUGGUCAGAGAGAUCCUGGUGAAUCAGACGGCUCACAUGCUGGCCUGCUACAGGAAGAACUGUGCCAGUCCAUCAGCAGUAAGCCAGCUCAUCCUUCCGGACGCAAUGAAAGUGCUGCCAGUGUACAUGAACUGUCUGCUGAAGAGCUGCGUGCUAGUAGGGAGACCAGAAAUCCCAACCGAUGAGCGAGCUUUCCAUCGCCAGCUGGUCACGUCCAUGGGGGUCGCUGACACACAGGUGUUUUUCUACCCCCAGCUUCUGCCAAUUCACAGCCUGGAUCUGAAGAACGAUGCUGUCCCAGCUGCCGUCCGCUGCUCUGAGGAGCGUCUCUCUGAAGGAGGGGCCUUCCUUCUGGCCAACGGUCUGAGUCUGUUCCUGUGGCUCGGAGUCAGCACACCCCCAGAGCUCAUCCAAGGGCUUUUCAACGUGCCAUCCUUUGCACACAUCAGCACGGAGGCGAUGUCACUGCCUGACCUGGACAAUCCAUUUGCCAAGAAAUUUAAGUCAAUACUGAAGCAUAUUCAGAGCCAAAGGCCCUACACUAUGAAGCUGAUGAUAGUGAAACAACGGGAGCAGCCAGAGAUGCUUUUCCGCCAGUUCCUAGUAGAAGACAAGAGUAUUUACGGAGGAGCUUCUUACGUGGAUUUCUUAUGCUGUGUUCACAAGGAGAUCUGCCAGCUGCUCAGCUAAGGAAACUCCAGCGUAUGUCGUCAGUUCCUUUCUCCUUCUGCAAGAGGGAGCUCCCGGUGCCUGAAGGCCGGCCCGCAGCUCACUGGACCCGGGCGCUCUGCUGUGCUGUAGGGAACCUUUGCUGCACUCUUACUGUACAGUUUCAUUUCACACAGCCUCUCACCGAGUAUUUUGCUUACUUAUUAAGCUGUAGAAUAGGAAGAUCUGCACUCAGGUAUUAAUCCUCUAGGAGUCCUGAUUGCUCCUCUUAAGUGAACUGCCAGAUUUCAAACUGUCAAUGCCUAAGAGCAUAUGGUAUGCAUUUAUUUAAAUAUAAUUUAGAAAACUCUUUAAUUAUUCCUUUUGCUAGCCUGAAGUUGUACAGGAGACAGGAAAGAUGCUAAAAAUCUAUACAGAAGCAGAAAAAAGUACAAAACAUUGCUUUUCCUAAGUGAGAGCAUACAGCUGAAUCAGGUUCGCAGAAAUCAUAAGUAUUUCAAAGUCCUACAUGUAAAAAUGAUAUCUAAAAAAAUAAUCCUUUUUCCUGGAAGGGACAAGCAUUCAUUUCUACAGAAACAGAGCUCUGGAUAACCUUCUGCAUCCAGACCUAUCCCAGUAGAGAAAAACGCCUCCGUUUGUGACUGGGCUUGGGUAAGUGUAACCACAAUGGACCAUAGGGAGCUCUGUAAUCAAACCACCCUCUUGUUAAGUUUGGCAGGCAAUGCCACACUGUCAUGGUACAAUUCUCCAGUCUGAAGGGCAGCAGGUAGUUUAACAUACUGUUUAAUUGUUUUCAAAACUGAACAUGGUAGGUUUUACGUAGUACAUUUGCUAACUGGAACAUUGCCAAUAUAAUUCAGACAAACAUCUGUCCCUCAAAAUUUCAGUGACAGGUCAUAACCAAAGGUUAUUUGUGGUGCUAUAGAAAGAAAGCCUCGUUUAAUACUAGGUCUGUUACAGUGACCUCCUCUCAUGUGACUGAUUCAUUCAGCAGUCACCGCUUUGAAAAAUAAGCCUCUGCUUACAUCAACACUUAAGCUAGAAUGCAGAAAGGCAGGCGCUGGAGGAGCCGGUCAGGCUCUCUGCAGCUUUAGGACCAACGUCUCUGCACGUGAGGUUUCAACUUUUCCAAACUUGAAAAGCCAUUGUUACAACAUUCUGUGUUGCAAAAGCCCCUCGAAGGUAAGGAUAAGAGUUGGGCCUCAAAACAAAAGUGCCUUUAAACACGUUAAUGUUGCUAUUUAGUGCUAAUCAUUUUAAUAGCCAAGGUAAGCAGUCAAGAUGCAUAUUUUUUUUGGUUUGACAGCUUAUCAAAACAGUCACAUCCUUGCAUUGACUGAGAAAACUCUUAAAAUAAGUGGCUGUAUUACAAAAGGAUCCUCAGACUGGAUUCAGCUGCCAUGGCAAAAGCACUUUUUUGAUGAAGAUAUCAUCCUGUAAAGAGUAUUUGUUGCCAUUCCAAAUCAGUGUACUUUGUAAAAUGACACUAGCAACUCUAUGUGUAAAGAAAUAUGCAAUUAUUAAAUAUAAUAAUCAUA